AUGCGUGAAGGGGAGACACCCAGUGCCUACGCGGGUGACACCCGGCAGAAGUGGCGAAGAUGGAUGGGCAUGCAGGAAGGACGCAGGGACGCAGGGGCAGACUUGAUUCCCGGGCAGUUGGUGGCUUUUCCCGAAAAGAGCGAGCGCAUCCCCAAAGAGCCUGAGCUCAGUUCAUGGGACCAUCCGGAGAAGAAAGGUGAAGUCGUCCUGUGUUCCAAAGGACUCCACGACGUGUCUCAGGACUCGGAGGGCUAUGUACAUAUCUUCAAGCUCGAUUUGUCUCAGGCAAAUAACUUUGAUCAGCUCUUUUUGCCUCUCUGGAAGGUGAAGGCCCAUGAGCUUGGCGUCUCCAAGGUGAUGGCGGUUCCCAUGGAGUCCUUUCUUUUUACCCUCUCCUACGACCAGAAGCUCAAGGCCAUGGACUCGGUCACGGGACAAGUGAUCUUUGAGGAAUUGAACCAGUGUAAUGUGGUCUUUCACAGCCUGGCCUGGGAUUCCACCAGCCAAGAUGUGAUUGUGGCGGACAGCAAGGGCAACGUGGGCUUCUACAACCUCAUCCAGGAAUCUUGGAUCACCUGGAAGAAUGUCUGCGAGGAGCCGAUCCUCAGCGUUCACCUGUUGCCCUCGAAGUCCAGGCUACUGCUGCUCACUCCACACUCACUGCAGGUCUGGGAUAUCCUCAGAGGCAUGAAAUUCCAAGAGCUCAAGGAACAUCAUGCGCCGGUGGUCUCCAUUGCCUCCAAGUCCACUAGCGAGGGUGGCAUCUUGUACACGGCCGCGAUGGACAACACCAUCCGGAUGUGGGAUUCCGAAACUUUGGAGUGCAUCAAGUGCAUCAAGGAGCGGAAAGAAGAGAUCACCGCCAUGGUCUACUUGCCCCGUGCCAACGUGAUCAUCACUGGCCAUGAGAAUUCCGACUUAAAGAUGUGGUCAUUGGACAGUGAAGAAGCAUACCUGAGGACCGUGACUGGGCAAUCAGUGCACGAGAACACCAUCAGCGCGCUGAUCGUCGUGCAUGUGCACGGGGAGACCUCAUUCCGAGACACCGAGAACGCCACAGGCUUCGAGUUGGUGGUGGCGGGCUCCUAUGACCGGCGCCUGUCCUUUUGGCGGGUGACAUUGACUUCGGAUGGCACUGCCAUGGCGAAGCUAGAGCGUUUUCAUCAAGCUCAUCCGGAUGCCACUGAUGAGAUUCUCGCGCUCGGGCACAGUGCCUUCUCGGGCGCCAUCUUCUCGGGCGGCAACGAGGGCGUUAUCCGGCAAUGGUCCUUGUGGGGCUCGACUCCGGAGGCCGAGUUCCGCGGGCACGAGGAUGCCAUCACUUGCUUUGCAGCCGAUGCGCACUUCCUCUUCUCGGGUCACCUGUCUGCAGAGGCAACAGGUCGACGGCCUGAUGGCCUGACGUGGUAUGUGAGUGUUGUCUUCCGUGGGAAGAUUCACCUUUCCUACAUGAAUCAUCCUUUGUAA